AAGAAACCUUUCAUUUCAGCAAUCAACAAAUCCAAACAACUUGCAUGGGCAAUAGAAAAAAGACAUUGGACUUUAGAAGACUGGAAAAAGAUAGUUUGGACAGAUGAGUUGACAUUUUUACAGAUUCAAAAAUCCAGAUGGGAAAGAGUAUAG